GCCGGCUUUAUCGAGCUCCGUUCCUUAUAAACAACGAGGCCCGGCCUAGGCUACCGACGAGCGGCAUCGCAAAAGGGCAGUUUUCUCUAAAUGGCAUAAGGUAUAAAAACCAAUAUUUAUGCUCGAACAAGACCGGAUAGAAAGACGCAAAAAGAAACUCGGAACGGAUCACAUUUCUAAACAUAAUAAGGAAAAGAAAAACAAGCAAAAGCCUACAGACAUAUCCACUGCCGAAUAAAAGAAGAAGAAAAAGACAGAAAAAAGAGACUAGAACCAUGGCUUUCCCGACCAACGUGCUGGGAGUUCUCAUCGUUCUCGCCAGUGGCUUCGCGCUAAUAUACUCGGUCGACUCCAUCUUGCGGAUGAAAAAGUACGAGGACUUGGAGGAAAAGGCAAACAAAGCGGCAGAAUGGAGCGUUACAGCGGAAAAGAAGCUCUGGGAUCUCAAGUUGACCCUCGCGACGGGCCUCGUUGGUUGCCUCAUCUCCGCCGUCAGCGGCCUCGCCUUCUCCUUCUUCGUGGCCCCCGGCCCGGGCUUCGUCGCCGUGGCGUGGCCCGUCCUGCUCGCCGCCGGCCUGGCGUACGGGCGGCAGUACAUGCGCGACUUCUGGGCGUCCAAGAUCAAGGUGCCGAAGAUGACGCACUUCAACGAGGCCAUUUCGGACAUGAUGAUGGUGCAGAGCAUGAUGAAACCGCUGGCCGGCGCGUGGGGUCUCGUGGCUGUCUGCAAGCUUGCUGGGCUGUAG